AUGGCAAAGAGCAAUCAACAAGGAUUACGAUAUGACAAAAAACGAAUGAUGGAUCCUGCUUUGAAUACGGCUUUACGUUUCAAUACAGAAAGAGUCACUAUUAUAAACCAGGAUCCUAAUUCAAGAAUGUUCAUCACUUGGUUCGUUAUUUCUUGUUAUUUCCCAGUUAUUACAGCAUGUUUAGGACCCAUUGCUAAUACCCUAUCCAUUGCUUGUGUUGUUGAAAAAUGGAGGGCAGAUGUUUAUUAUGUUGAUAAUGAAAGAUUUGAACGUAUUAUAAAAGAUCCAAAGGGCAUAUUUGCAUUGAAUAUAUUAUCCUUGGUUAUUGGGUUUUCUUCAAACGUUGUUUUACUAUUGCAUUUUGCUCAAAAAUUGAGCUAUCUUAAAUCACAGUUAAUUAAUAUCACUGGUUGGACAAUGGCUGGUACCAUUCUAAUGGUUGAUGUUAUCGUAUGUGCAAAGGCUGACGUUUCCAGUACUCAAUCGAAGACUAUUGGGUUUUGGAUCGCGGUUAUAACUACAGCUUUAUAUUUUGGGUGCACCUUUACCUUAACGGUACAUUUCAUAGGUUAUCGAUUGAAUAAGUACCCAGCUAGAUUUAAUCUAAUUACAAACGAGAGAGCCGUUAUGGUUUUUACUGUGAUGUUCUCUGUCUGGUUAAUUUGGGGUGCCGGUUUAUUUUCUUCCUUAUUACACAUUCCAUUCUGUGAUGGAUUGUAUUUCUCAGUCGUUUCAUUAUUAACAAUUGGAUUUGGUGAUAUUUCACCUAAUACUGUUGCAUUAAGGAUUCUAUCGUUAGUAUAUUCUUUAUCAGGUGUUAUGAUAUUGGGUUUGAUUGUUGCUAUGACUAGAGGUAUAAUUCAAAGAUCAUUAGGCCCUAUUUUUUAUUAUCAUAGAGUAGAGGUUACAAGAAAACAUGCAUAUCAAAAACUCAUAAAAGAGAAUAAGCAUUUCAGUGCCAGAGAUGCUUAUAAUAUGAUGCAACGUAUAAGAGUGGAUUCUAAAAGGAAACAGACAGCCUUUUCAUUAAUUUCAACAAUUACAGUGUUCAUUAUGUUUUGGUUAAUUGGAGCAGUGGUUUUUAAAUACGCAGAAAGCUGGGGUUAUUUCACUUCGAUCUACUUUUGUUUCUUAUGUCUAUUAACAAUUGGAUAUGGUGAUUAUACGCCAGUGACUGGUGCUGGUCGUGCUUUCUUUAUUAUAUGGGCUCUGGCAGCAGUUCCGUUGAUGAGUGCAAUUUUAUCUACUGUAGGUGAUACUUUAUAUGAUUUGGCCAAAUCGCUAGAUAUUACAAUUGCCAAGAGAUUCCAUUUGGAUUUAAAAAAAGUUGCUGUUUUAAGUCGUAGUACUUUCAGUUUAUUUAAAUUGGACACUGGUGAAUUAGUUACGGAAAGUGAUAAUGAGGACUUUGAGGAUACAGACAGCACACGCACUCAAAGUAGUGAUAUGAGUUACAGUUUAGAGACACCUACAAGAAGCACGAAUCAAAAUUUAGAUUCUAUCACUACACCACUUACAUUAGAAUCCACUAGAAGUUUGGAAACUAUUCAUGAUAACAAUAUGGAUGCUAUAAAAUUACAUUAUGAAAAAUUAUUAGAAUUGUAUCGUCUUGUUCAAGACAUUGUUGAAAUCCGUCGUCGAACUUAUGAAAAUGGUGAUGAAACAUUGAGCUAUUCUCAAUGGGCAGAGAUAUUUAAUUUACAUUUAUUAAAAUCGGCCUCCUUUGACAAGGACAGCGGUGAUAUGUUCUGGUUAUCAGAAAGUACACCAUUGAAAUUUCCAAUGGUUGAAUCGACAUUUGCAGUUGCCAAACUAUUCAAGAAAAUUUCAACUUUAAGUAGACAGUUGUUGAGAGACGAAGCUGUCCAUACAGAAAGAGAAAAUAAAGCUUAUGAAUUGAUAUCAAGUAGACCCACUACUAUCGAUGGAGAAUUAUCAGAAGUAAGAUCGAGAGAACGUUCUAGUACAAUAUGA